UCCGUCUCGACCCCUAACGUAAGGCCACAGGGGACGAACGAAACCGAUUCCGGGACACUUGGUCCUCUUAACGAGAGGAAAAGAAAUAGGCUUGGCUAUCAUCGGACACCGAUUGCUUGUCGUAAGUUGUCACUGCACUGGGCGUUAAUUGGCUUCGAAAUAUUCGCACGAAAACUAAAGCGUAUUCUGGUAUAGGACAUUGUCGGAGAAGGAAAAUUAGAUGCAAGCAGCCAGAGACGCCAGACGUCCUAAGACGAUGUGAGAGUUGCAUUAAUCUCAAUAUGGAAUGCCACUAUUCUGCAGUAAAUCAACCACAACCGCCUACGACGGGACAGAGGCAAGGAACACGAGCUUCUGUUGGGACAGGCUAUGCGUCACCCUCCACAUCUCCAGCGAUACCGACAGGACCCAUGAUGGAAGCGCAACCGAACCCACCGUAUCACCAACUAUCCGCAAUGCCAUCAAUGCCAAGUAUGAGCCAACAGUCGAUAGAGACCGAGGAGGAUGAAACUUACUCUUCUGAGCCUAAACUCCCAUCCAAUGCUUCCAGCAGUCGGGCGUUCGGUUACGAACAUGAAACAAACAACUGGGUAUCGACAGACACGAGUUCCGGUGUUGCGAAGACCACUGGUGGCGCGAAUGCUCCAUGGGCGAAUUAUCCAGAGGGCCUACCGGAAACCUCGGAUCUAUCACCGUACGCCACCCAUGCGCCGGUUGCAUCCAUGUCGACAGGCUGGUCAACAACAUCCCCCGAACUUCAUAGGAUGGACAGCAACGCUCGCCUCGACGACACCUGGAGGGCCUAUCCACCGGGAACAAGAUCAAUGUCGUAUAGCGACGAACAGUCAGGCCAGUUCGUAUCGACAACCAAACCGUACGAUAGGGUAUACCCGCCGAUUGCGACUAAUGUCGUGCCGGAAGCAAGUAUGGGUACUCAUGGCUCCCUCUCCGCCGUUGCCGUACCGCAUGCGGCGUAUGGUUCAUGGCGACAACCAUAUCAUUUUCCCAGGCCUGACGAAGACUACGGUGGUUGGUACGAAGACCGUGAGCACCACGUAUCGGAAACCCAUAUGUCGUCUGUGGGAGAAGAUCCAUCACAAGCCGGAGGUAUAUACUACAGCGGGAGAUGA